UGAAAAGAGUCGAGUGAAUAUGAACAAAUGAUUGGGCCAAUAUGGUCAGCGGCUUCACUGGACCCAGUCCUUGUACGAUAAAUUUAAACAAAAUGGCCGACUUUAUGGAAGAAGAUUCCAUGGAAAGCAACUCCGAAUUAUCAGACGACGAGCUUCAGAGAGACUUUGCCAGCGGAAAGCUUCAAGUCGGUUUGAACAGGAUAAGGCCGCAAACCAAGACACGUGCGCCAUACAACAACAUUCCUGGCAUGAGGCAGAAAUUGGAGCAGAUUGCCCAAGAACUUGACUGGAUUGAAAGAAUGGACGUCACUAUUGCAAGAGAGCAGGAAGACAAAAAUGAAAGUCUGAAGACAGCUGCAAUGUCUACACUCAACAGUGAGAAAAGUAUCCAUGAUGACUUCCAAAGAGAAAUGAGAUUUUACAAGCAAGCUCAAGCUGCAGUUAAUGAAGCACUUCCUAAACUAAACAAACUUGGGAUACCAACCAAACGACCAGAUGACUACUUCGCAGAAAUGGUGAAAACAGAUGACCACAUGCAAAGGGUAAGGGCAAAGUUGCUAAGAAAGCAGCAAGCUAUGGAGAGAUCAGAGAAGGCAAAGAAACAGCGAGAGAUGAAGAAAUAUGGCAAAAAGGUUCAGCAAGAGGUCUUACAAAAGAGGCAGAAGGAAAAGAGAGAGAUGAUGGAAGCUGUAAAAAGCUAUAAGAAAAGAGGUAAGAAAACUCCAUUAAGUUCAGCAACAUUAACUGGAGGUGGAGAUGAAUUUCAGGUACAGGCUGAGAAAGACUCCUCGACCAGCAACAAGGGAAAAGUCAUUAAACGUGGAAAAAGCGGAAAGAGAAAAAGGAAGGAUGCAAAGUUUGGUUUUGGAGGAGUCAAGAAAGGAAUAAAGCGGAAUUCUUCGCAAAGCUUCUCAGACGUGAGCUCUUUCAGUUCAGCAAAGCACAGCAAAGCACCAAGAGCAAAGUCAGGGAAUGUUGUAAGUAACACUAUCCUGUUUUGCAUUGGCUUGCUUUUGUUUAUCUCGAUGCCUUAUGAGACAAGGUGGGGCGGGGCUUUCGAUAGGUAUCGCGGAGAAUGCGGAACCCGAGACCAUACCUCUGGCCUACGCUGGAGUCUCGUAGUGGAAUGAAAGGAUGAACCGGCUUGUUCACAAAAGCCUUGCCCUAUUACAAACCAAAAAAUAUUAGGAUUUUCCAUUUCUCGGGUGCUAUUAAAGAUACUGUGCCAAAUUUAGGCAAAAGAAAAUUUCCACCAAAUUGAGUAAAACAUAUAAAUAGCCACUUAAAACAGUGAAGGAACAUUUCAAUAACACAAAAAAAAGUUGUUGCAUUUACUACAAAAGAAGGUUCGUCCAGAUGGACAAAAUUGAAGAAGAUUACUUGAAACGGAUCGCGAUAUGUGUCUUUGAAAAACUGUUAGGCUGAACAGUUUUCAAAGUUGAUGUCAUUUGUUUGUCAUCUUUAAGUAAAACGCCCGGGAGACAUAAGCUUGUAAUGAAGCUAUGGUUUUGUCAUUUAGAUCCAUAGAAGUAAUUUCGUGGCUAAAAUGUAGUUUCAUUUUUAGCGAGUGUUUGGCAAAACUUAAUAUCACUCUCUUUAAUAUGUGACGCUGAACAUGCUAUGUUUAAGAAAUAGUC